AUGGAAGAAAUUGAAGGGGUGAAUUGUUGCAGUGAAGGUGAAAGCAGGAGCUCUAGUGAGACUCGACCUCCCAAUCCCAACCCACCUUCACAUCGCCAAUGUAAACUUGUUCGCCACGCUUCUCUCAUGAAAACACAAUUGUGUGAUGUAUCUGAGCCAGGGCAUGUUACUGAAGAUUGUCAGUCUGAUUUCUUUCCAACUCUUCGAUCUGGAGCUUGCGCUGAUAUUGGAUUUCGGUCUAGUAUGGAAGAUGUUUAUGUUUGCGUUGACAAUUUUAUGCACGAUUAUGGUCUCAAAAAUCGAAUAGAUGGACCCAGUGCUUUCUAUGGGGUAUUUGAUGGACAUGGUGGAAAGCAUGCUGCCGACUUUGCUUGCCAGCAUCUGCCAAAGUUCAUUCUCGAUGAUGAAGAUUUCCCUGGAGAUAUUGAAAGGAUAGUUGUUUCAGCAUUUCUGCAAACAGACAAUGCCUUUGCAGAAGCUUGCUCUCUGGAUGCUGCACUUGCAUCUGGCACCACUGCAUUAGCUACUCUUGUUAUAGGAAGGUUGCUGGUGGUGGCAAAUGCUGGAGAUUGUCGAGCUGUGCUAUGCCGUCGGGGAAAAGCGAUUGAAAUGUCAAGAGAUCAUAAACCAAGUUGCAACAAAGAAAGGAAGCGUAUCGAGGCCUCAGGGGGGUAUGUCUACGACGAAUAUCUUAACGGGCAACUUAAUGUUGCUCGCGCACUUGGGGACUGGCACAUGGAGGGAAUGAAGAGCAAAGAUGGUGGACCACUGACUUCAGAGCCUGAACUUAUGACUACAAAACUGACCAGCGAGGACGAAUUUCUCAUCAUAGGUUGUGAUGGGAUUUGGGAUGUAUUCAGGAGCCAAAAUGCAGUGGAUUUUGCUCGGCGCAGGCUCCAGGAGCAUAAUGACCCAACCAUGUGUAGUAAGGAUCUAGUUAAUGAGGCUUUAAAGAGAAAAAGUGGAGACAAUUUGUCUGCAGUUGUGAUAUGCUUCCAGCAGCAACCUCCUCCCAACUUGGUGGCUCCCCGCUCUAGAGUGCAGCGGAGCUUCUCUGCUGAAGGUUUGAAGGAGUUGCAAAGUUUCCUGGACAGCUUGGGUAAUUGA